UCACUGGAUUGAGGUGUUGAGUCCUGCUGAUUUUAAUCUGAGCUGAUUAGGAAACAGAAGAAAAACCCAGAGCCUCAGCAAGCUCCCUGGGGAACAAGACAAGUGCGGUCCUUUUUUUUACUUGGAGGAGAGGCCAAGGACCUGGGGAAAACAACAAAAGAACACUAAAAUAACCAAGGACCAAACUAAGGAGAGAUAUUCAUCAGAAGGAAGAUUGUUUAAAACAGACAACAGAUAAAUAAGGAGGCUUCAGUGGACAUCCUUUGGGAGUCACCUUUUGUGGAGGCAAAUUAAACAGUAAGGCUAGAUAACAGUUCUGAGAGUCUUCUUCAGCUCUGCUCUUGCAGUCAUCUUCUACAUUCACCUGAGUGAAACACGACAAUGCCCACAAAUGGCAAUAGAGCCCUGAAGCUCCAGUUUGGGCUGAUUAACUAUGAGAACCGCUACCUGACGGCAGAAGCAUUUGGAUUCAAAGUGAACGCUUCAGCUCCAAGUCUCAAGAAGAAGCAGAUCUGGACACUUGAGCAAGAUGAAAAAGAUGGCCAGGUAGUGUACCUGCGCAGCCACCUGGGCCGCUACCUUGCCUCUGACAAAGAUGGCAAGGUGAGCUGUGAGGCUGAGACACGAGAAAGCGACUGCAGGUUCUUAAUUGUAGCUCAGUCAGAUGGCCGCUGGGCCUUGCAGUCUGAGCCGCACCUGCGGUUCUUUGGAGGGUCAGAGGACUACCUGUCCUGCUUUGCUCAGACCAUUGGUGAGGCAGAGCUAUGGGCUGUGCACCUGGCCCUUCACCCACAAGCAAACUUGCUAAGCGUAGCCCGCAAGCGUUAUGCCCACCUGUCUGCACUUGAGGGUGAAAUAGCUGUGGACAGCAACAUUCCAUGGGGUGUUGACGCUCUUCUAACUCUGGUUUACGUGGAUGGCAAAUACUGCCUAAAGACCAGUGACAGCCGUUUCUUAAGCAAUGAUGGGAAACUGUCAUUUGAAAAUGGUCGUGGAACAGGAUAUACCCUGGAACUGAAAUCUGGCAAAUUAGCCUUCAAGGACUGUGAGGGGAAGUAUUUGAGCCCCAUGGGGCCAACAGGCACCCUACGUUCAGGACGGUGCUCCAAACCAGGCAAGGAUGAGUUGUUUGAUCUGGAGGAAAGCCAUCCACAGGUGGUAUUUCAGUCCGCCAAUAACAGAUUUGUCUCAAUCCGACAAGGAGUGAGCAUCUCUGCGAAUCAGGAUGAUGAAACAGACAUGGAGACAUUUCAAAUGGAGAUUGACAAAGACAGCAAAAAGUGUAAGUUCAGGACAAAUGAAGGUAACUACUGGACGCUUGUAGCUCAUGGAGGCAUCCAGUCUACAGCCACAGAAGUAGGUGCCAACACCAUGUUUGACAUUGUGUGGCUUGGACGAAGGGUGGCGCUACGAGCCAGCAAUGGAAAAUAUGUUUGCACCAAGAAGAAUGGACAGCUGGCUGCAGUCAGCGACUCAAUAGGGGAGGAUGAGCAACUGAUUCUGAAGUUAAUCAACAGGCCUAUCCUAAUCUUACGAGGGGAGAAUGGCUAUGUGUGCCAUCACAAGAACUCCAACACACUGGACGCCAACCGCUCAGUUUAUGACAUCUUUACGUUACAGUUCAGUGAUGGGGCAUAUCAUAUUAAAGGUGCAGGAGGAAAAUCCUGGUAUGUGUCCAGCAAUGGCAUGGUGUGCUCAGAUGGAGACACACCUGAAGACUUCUGCUUUGAGUUCUUAGAACACGGCCGAAUUGGAAUAAGGGGCAAGAAUGGCAAGUAUCUGCGUGGAGACCAAGGGGGCACACUGAAAUGCGAUGGAGCGAAUGCAGAUAGCACAUCUCUCUGGGAAUAUUGACACCUAGUGGUCAUUUUGGAACCUUUCAUUCUCCUGCCACCUGAAACUUUUGGACUUACUGUGGGAGAAGAAGGGGAUGCGGUAUGUUUGAAGAUGGAUGUUGGGAAAUCAAGCACAAAAUAUGUGGAUAAAAUAUAGAUGUUUCCCUUCUCAGUCAACAUAAUGUUUUUGUAUUGAUAUUCUGAGUUACCAUAGGCUAAGGGUCACAAAUUUUGGACUUUAUGCCUAUUUCAAUAGUAAACUUAGAGCAAAGCUGCAUACACUUGCAUACACACAUCUCUCCUUUCAUAAUAAGUCUUAAAUGUAAAAUGUAUCAAGUUCAUCAGGGUAGGUUUCGCAAUACACUAACACAUUCAUUUUACAUUCAUUUAUGUACAGUUUACCCUUUUGUGUUGUUAAUGUUUAGCACUACCUAACAGCCACUGCUCAAAAGUGUUAGUCUUUUACAUGACACAACCUUACAAAAUCCAGAGCCACUACAGUAUUCUGUCAGUGGGCCUUAACCAACACUUUAAACAAAGUUACGUCUGUUUUCCCUAUAUUGCUUCUUUUGCCUUUUCCCUUUUGACUCUUUCUAAUACUAAUGUGCACAAAAGACAAGUGUUAUUUCAUGUGCUGAAGUUACACAGUGCUGCAUGUGUAAUAUCUUGAGUAGAAGAAAUGAUGAUGUGUGGGACUUGGAGAAAGAACGUUUUCAUUAGGGGUUGUCAUUAUUUCUCCACAAAAUGAAGCCUCAUCAUACACAUAUAGCUACUGAAGAAACUACCAUAGAAACCAUUUUCGCUCCUAUCAUUCAGCAACAAACUGUUUCUCUUUUUUUUUCCAGAUUUAUGCAAUUUGUCUUUGUUUUCCUUCUAAAUAGGUUUUGAAAGCAAUAAAAAAUCAUCUGUCUGA